CCAAAAUAUACGAGUUAAAUAAAAGGGUUUUUUUUCUUUAUUUAUUUAUUUUAUUUGGAGCAUUAUGAGCAAACCAGAAGAAAGUUCUUUAGCCACGGAUUCGGUGUUCUCAGGUUGUGCACUUGAUCCUGCAAAGUAUAGCAAGCUAAGCUUGGGAGAGAAAAGAGAGCUUGUCCGUGAGAUUGCCCGAUGGUCGAAAGAUGCCUCAGAGAUGCUUCGUUCAUUUACCCGCCCAGAGCUUCUUGAAAUCAUCUGUGCUGAAAUGGGCAAAGAGAGAAAGUACACUGGGUAUACGAAAGCUCAAAUGAUAGAACACCUUCUAAAGUUAGUUUCUCAGAAUUCCAAGAGGAGCAAUUCUUUUGCCUUUUCUCCGGCUCAUAUUGGAUACAAAAGGAAAAGGAACAUAGAGACCUCAUCUCAACUAUUGACUGACCUAAAUCAUGCUCCUCUGCAAAACAACGAAGAAGACCGUGGUAAAACGCUCCUCUGUCAGAAUGUUGCAUGCAGAGCUACUUUAAGUCCUGAGGAUGCUUUUUGCAAGAGAUGUUCUUGCUGUAUCUGUCAUUGUUAUGAUGAUAAUAAGGAUCCUAGUCUGUGGUUGACCUGUGGCUCUGAUACUCCGGAUGACAAUGACCCGUGUGGAUUUUCAUGCCAUCUGGAAUGCUCUCUGAAGCAUGAAAGAGCUGGUAUUUUGAAGAAUGGGUUUCAUACAAAGUUGGAUGGCAGCUUUCGUUGUGUUUCUUGUGGAAAAAUCAAUGGGCUAAUGAGAACCUGGAGAAAACAGUUGUUGAUUGCAAAGGAGGCCAGAAGAGUGGAUGUCCUGUGUCUACGAUUAUCUUUGGCUCACAAGAUUCUCUUGGGAACAAAACUAUACAAAGAAGUACAGAAGACAGUGGAAACUGCAAUGGAGACACUGAACAAUGAAGUGGGGCCUCUAGAUCAGGUAUGCACAAGUAUGGCACGCUGCAUUGUCAACAGACUCUCCUGCGGUGGUGAGGUUCAGAAGUUGUGUGCUUCUGCAGUGGUAUCUUUUGAUUCAAUGUUUCACCGUGAUUAUAUGGAAAAGAAAGAUUCAUUUGCAGCUUGUCAGAUCAAAUUUGAAGACUUAACCCCUACCUCAGUGAUCAUUAUGCUAGAAUAUGAAGAUCAUCUGUUAAAGAACUUCACGGGUUGCAGGCUGUGGCAUCGUGAGUCUGUCAUGAAGGAUUAUCCAGAACAACCCACUUUCAUUGUACUUAGGCCAGAGAAGAGAUUCAAGAUUGCCCAUCUCCAUCCUUCAACUGAGUAUUUUUGCAAGGUUUCUUUGUUUAGCAGUACAGGUGGAUUGGGUAUUUUGGAAGCUAAAUGGGUGACACCUGCAUCAGGUGGAAGCUUUCUGACAGCUUCAGAACAUGGAAAGGCAGAGCACACAAUAAUUGCUCAAAAUCAUCCCCAGGUGGAGUCAACCAAGUCUAGCAACAUUAAACUAACACCCCCUGCAAAAAAGCUUAAACCAGCUAUCAAUGUCAACACAAGCAAGAAUGAGCGGCUUUGUUCGCUGCCUCCUUCCAUUGAUGCUGUUUCUCCUACCACGCCUCAUAAAUACGGUGGAAUGCGGGCAGCUCCAGAUACAGUGGAGGAGAGAGAUUAUGAACAUUCCGUGCAAGUGGUCAAAUUGUUAGAGCAUGAAGGGCACAUAGAUGAAGAUUUUAGAGUAAAAUUUCUCACUUGGUUCAGCCUCAAAGCUACUAAGCAAGAGAGAAGGGUGGUUAAUGUUUUUGUGGAUGCUUUGCUUGAUGACCCUCCAAGCUUAGCUGGACAGCUUAUUCAUGCCUUCAUGGACAAGAUAUGCUGUGAACAAAAACCGGUUUUUCGGCAUGGUUUUUGCUUUAGAUUGUGGCACUAAAUACUGAAUAGCAGAUUUUGUUUUAGGCUAAAAACUUUAGGAGUAACCAAGGCAUGCAUGCAGGCUUUUUUUGGGAAAAACAGGAAAGUAUAUUUGGGAAAAAUGUGAAGGGCACUUGAUUUAUAUUUCUCAUCAUACUUGGAUGUUUAGAAUUAUAGGUUAAGAAUGUACGUUUUGUGUACAUGUAGAAUGGCAGGAAGAUAUCGUUUCGUUUAACCACAACGAAAGAAGCUUAUUGCAUUGACAGCUUUA